AUGUCGUUUAAGAUCCCAGGAUCAGCGCUGGGCAGAGCUCUGCGCAGUGGACUCGUCGGGCAACGAGUCACAGCCACUGGCGCUCAACUUCGGCUCCGUCUUCCAGCUCAGCGAUCAUAUUCGAACGCGAACGGCGCCCCUGAAGAAAUCCCCGCCGAUAACGAAGCCGAGCCUGAACCCUCCUUUGAAGAUUCCGAGAAACCAGCAAGAUUCAACCGCAAUGGUGCGAAUAGGGGCCGCAAACUACGUGGCGACAAGCCGGUCGUCGACGUGGAGAAGCGGAAACAGGAAGAGCGCGCAUUGAUGGCAAUCGCUGCUGGGUCUAAGUCGGAGGAUGGCGAGAUGAACGAUGAGAUCCGUGGAGCCAGUUACUCUCGCAAGACGAUCAGCAUGGAGCUGAAAUGGCUGGAGGAUCCUCGUGAUCUGGCGGAUCGGGUCGCGCGCAUUCUGCAGAGCGGUGAUCCGGGUAUGGCGGCGGCUCUGGUUCGUCAGGCGCAGAAGGACGGCAAGCGAACUGAUGUCGCUUGGAAUCAUCUUCUCAGUUACUGCAUGCAACGAGGGUUCCCCCAAGUGGCCUGGAAAUUUUAUAAUGACAUGAAAAAACGAGGCCGCAUGCCUACCUCCGUGACAUAUACGCUUAUGCUCAAGGGUCUCGCCGACGCCCCGAAAUCAGUCGCUAAUGUCAGAAUGGCAGAGUCUAUCUACAAGUCGAUCAAGACCUCCGAGGUCGAACCCAGCAUUAUUCACACCAAUGCCAUGCUCUCGGUGUGUGACCGUCACAAUGAUAUGGAAUCUCUAUGGCGCAUUGCCGGAGACCUUCCAGAAGAGGGUCCCCAAGCACCGGAUAUGAGGACCUACACUAUCAUUCUAGGUGCUCUUCAAUAUGCGGCGCGCCAUGAUAUCGACAAGAUGAGUCCCAACGAUACGGAUAAGAUUGUGGAGCGCAAAGACCAGAUGGUCAUGGAGGGCAAGAGGAUUUGGGCAGAUGUUCUUUAUCGAUGGACAAAGGACCAGCUGCAAAUCGAUAACCACGUUGUGAACGCCAUGGCUAGCUUGCUUCUGGAGGGUGCCCGUGAGCGUGAUUAUUACGAUGUUCUUGCGCUCUACCACCAAACGAUGGGAAUCCCGAUCUUUGCCAAGCAGCCAGCGGAAACAACAAAAUGUUCUCGAUUCACAAUGUUCCGCCUGGCAUUCUUGCGGAGAUCGCAGGAACUCGUGUCCCAGCGCACGGAUGAUGUUCCAUUCGUGGAUGAGAACAAUCAGCCCCUCCGAGAAGAGCCUGAUGUGGAAGAGGAGGCUCUGGAAGAGGAGGGAGAGGAGGAGGUCGAGAAUUUCGACAAGAUCUUUGACCCUGUCGUCCCUAAGACUGCGGAACUGUCUUAUCUCCAACCUGGUAGCAAGGAGCUCACUUUCAUCGAGGACGUCUGUCACAGACUGCCUCAGGGAUUCGCAGCAGGCUAUUCAUACUGGGAUCACUUGACAGUCGAGUCUGAAACCCGCUUCGAUCCUGAUGCGGUCGCUUACGCCCAGUACCUGCGUCUCCUUCGUGCUGGACGAGCUAGCAAGAGAGCUAUCCAGGUUCUGCAAAACCAAGCAUUGCCCGCUGGUCUGGCAAAUGAGAAGUUAUUCCAUCUUGCCAUGGCCUGUUGUCGCCGUGACCGCAACAACGCCUCCGUGCUCCUCCAUGCCAACGAGCUGUUGGAAAUCAUGCACAAAGCUCUGGUCCUGCCUGAUCCACGAGUACUCGAAUCGUAUCUGGAAUUGGUCCAGAAUCUCUCCCAAGCUCCACACGUCCUGUUGCAUCUAAGAGGCCUGCCCAAAGAAGACCGCAGCAAGGUCAACGACCUCAGGGUUCUGGGUAAGCGGCUACAAGCUGAUUUGCAUACCGCUGCUAUCAAUGCCUUGCGUCCCCAGGUCCACCAGCUCCACGAGGCCCUGCAGGAAGGAAAACCGGGCCGGAGUAGCCGCUGGGGUGCCUUGAAGAAUGGCUCUGGCGAUAUCUCCGGUGCUCUGGCCGUGAAGGUGAUGGCUCGAGUUAGAACCGUGAUUGACGAGACAUUGAAAUCAGAGUAUACUCCUUUCGUCGCGAAGGAUGUUCGCAAGAUCUUGCAGUCGGAGUCGAAGCUGUUGAGGACGUAUUCUGACAAGGAGACUUUGAAGAAAUUCAGUAAUUUCUCUGUUCAUCCUACCGUUGAGCAGCGGAACGCUUUUAGAGAGCGGCAGUUGGAGAUUGUCGAUGAGGAGGUUCUUGAGCGCAAGGGCCAGAAGGCAGAUAAUUCGGAUGAGGUUGAAGUGUCAUCGUCUUCCGAAUCUGCGAAGAAAGAGACUGAGGUUUAA